AAUUGUGGUAAGAACGAUUGCAAGCGAAUGGGCUGCGUUGCUAAUUGUCAGUAUUUCCAUAUUGAUAUAUUGAACUUCGUUAAAAACCUUAACACUGCAUGUAUGUAUCUUUAUUACACAUGAGUAUAAGCAUAAGCAUGAUAUUGACCCUAAGGUUUUGGUCACUACUGUACUGCGCUUUUGCCGAAAAUAGUUCGCCAGAACUUUCGAUACCCCGCGCGACGCAGUGAAGCUAUAGAGGAGUAAGGUACAGAAUCUACGAGCGAGAGCAACGAUAAAUUCUAGAGUAAUCCACUGGCAGAGACCGCGUGCGGCUGUGUAUUUAUAAAGUGCGCGAAUAUAUAAAGAACGGCACCUGCGCGAAUUUGACAGUAGUAUCGAAAUCCACACCCCGUACGACGUACCGUCGUUGCAAAACUGUGCGACCUACAUUGAGCAACGUUGCGAUUUAGCACGGAUCUCGUCAAUAGCCAAUAAUAAUAAAAUGUCCAAUUUACCAGAACUUGUGGUGGCGGAGGUGCCUGGAGGGUCAUGCGCAAGCUGUGGGGCAGCAAAUGCGAAAUUUCAAUGUUCCGGAUGUUCGAACGUUUCGUACUGUUCCGAGGAUCAUAGAGCCGAUCACUGGCAGAAGCACAAGAAUGCUUGCAAAUCGUACAAGAUUCUACACAACGAGGAAGUCGGCAGGUACGUCGUUGCUGCUCGGAACUUAAAACCCGGAGAGGAGAUCUGGUCGGAGAAGCCUUUCGUUGUUGGGCCGAAAGCAUCCAGUUACCCGCUGUGUCUCGGAUGUUACUCACCCUGGCCACCGGCGGGUCCCGAAUCUCUCGACCGUCCGCUUUGCUCGAAAUGCCAAUGGCCAGUUUGCGGUCCAGAUUGCGAGGCUUUGCCCUGUCAUAAGGACUACGAGUGUAAGGUGUUGGCGGAGGCGGGGGAGAAGUUCAAUGUUAGCGCGGCUGUCGAAGGCGGUAACGGAAACGGGGUGCUUCAACUUGACUGCGUCACUCCACUCAGACUGCUAAUAGCGUCCGAAAGAGAUGCGGAAAGGUGGAGGAUCGAGGUGAAGAAUAUGGAAGCGCAUAAUCUGAAGAGGGCGGAACAGCCAGCCUGGAAACAAAACCACGUUAACAUUGUAGAAUAUCUACGCUCGCGCUGUAAGCUCGAUAGUAAAUUUUCGGAGGAGGACGUUCACACAGCCUGCGGUAUCCUCGAGGUAAACAGUCACGAGGCUAGAACCCCACUGGGGUACAGUGCCAGGGCUUUAUAUCCGAUUACGGCUAUGUUGAAUCACUCCUGCGUUUCGAACACCAGCCACAGCAUCUCUUUGGAAGAUUACAGCGUUCGAGUGAGAACAACGACGGACGUGCCACGUGGAGCUGAACUUUACGGUAGUUACACACACUCCCUUCAGCCGACGAUUUUAAGACGUGAACAUCUUCGCGAGAGCAAACACUUCGAUUGUGCCUGCAGACGGUGCUCCGAUCCCACGGAACUUGGGACACACAUGUCAUCAUUGAAAUGUAACAAAUGCGACAACGGGAUAAUCGUACCUCUCGAUUCCCUGGAUUCGGAUAGCACAUGGAAGUGCACGCAUUGUCCAUUUACUACAGGGAGCCAGGCCAUCAGGCGAGUACUGAGCAUAAUCCAAGCAGAAAUCGACGCCGCAGAGGAGGUAACAGGAUUCGCGGACGGAGGUGAUGCCAUACAAGUCAGGGAAACGGUCUUCAGGAAGUAUCGUUCCGUUCUCCAUCCGCAACACGCUUUUAAUACGAUGCUCAGAUAUUCCCUGAGCCAGCUGUAUGGACGUUGCGAAGGGUACCUGCUCGACGAUUUGCCGGAUGUUGUUCUAGAGCAUAAAGUAGAUAUCUGCAGAAUGCUACUCCGGGUCCUCGAUGUCGUUGAGCCCGGCUACACUCGGGUCAGAGGAAUGACGUUGUACGAACUCCAUGCGCCGCUACUGUUCCUUGCGAAGAAUCUAUUUCAUGCGGGGGUCAUAGACAACGCCGGACUGAAGAGCAAGAUGAUAGAAGCGGCGGAAAUUCUGAAAGAGGCGGCGAACAUUCUCACGCUUGAAUUUCCUGACACUAUCGAAGGACAGAUCGGCCAGGUUGCUCUACAAUCUUUGCAGCAACUGAACGCAUCCAUUGAAGAGACGUGAAUUUAUGUCAUUUACGCCAUGUAGUGAAUCACUUGAGUAGCCUUUAGCUUAUCUCAAUAUUUAUUCAUAUAUGUAACAUAUACAUGUGUAUAAUAUUAAUAUAUUCAUCGAUAUUUUAUGACUUGUGUUUGUCAGAAAAAUAAAAAUAAUGUGCCAUCACUGUAA